GGAAGCCAGCGGUGGUGGGGAAAUAGAAACACAGAAACAGAAGAAGGGAGAAGUGUUGGCAGAGGGAAGACGAGCAGGAUGGGGAUGGAUUUCAGUACUCUCCGGACUCUCAUCAGCCGAUAUUGUGCUGGGGAGGAGAACUGUGUGGACACCAGGACAGUUUAUAUUGGACAUAAGGAGCCUCCUCCAGGAGCUGAGGCGUUCAUUCAGCAGAGGUUUCCAGAUAACAGAAUAAUUUCCUCCAAGUACACUUUUUGGAACUUCAUCCCCAAGAACAUGUUUGAGCAGUUCAGGAGAGUGGCCAACUUCUACUUUCUCAUCAUCUUUCUGGUUCAGCUAAUCAUUGACACUCCCACAAGUCCAGUCACCAGCGGGCUGCCGCUCUUCUUUGUCAUCAUUGUCACCGCUAUUAAACAGGGCUAUGAGGACUGGUUGAGACAUAAAGCAGACAAAGCUGUCAACCAGUGUCUGGUCCAGGUGGUGCAGCACGGGAAACUGAGCCGCAAACACAGUCGCAAGCUUACGGUCGGAGAUGUGGUGUACGUGAAGGAAGACGAGUCCUUUCCAUGCGAUCUCAUUCUUCUUUCCUCGUCUCGAGAUGACGGGACGUGUUACGUUACAACGGCCAGCCUGGAUGGGGAAAGCAGCCACAAGACGUACCACGCAGUUCAAGACACCAAAGCUUAUAAAACAGAGGAAGAGGUCAACUGCAUCCACGCCACCAUAGACUGUGAACAGCCGCAGCCAGACCUGUACAAAUUUAGGGGCAACAUCAACAUUUACAUGGGAAAUGAGCCUGUGUCCAGAUCUUUGGCAUCUCAAAACUUGCUGCUUCGUGGAGCGACGCUCAAAAACACUGAAUACAUCUACGGUGUCGCUAUCUACACUGGCAUGGAAACCAAGAUGGCUCUCAACUACCAGUCCAAAUCUCAGAAGCGAUCAGCGGUGGAAAAGUCAAUGAACGCCUACCUGGUGGUCUACCUGUGCAUCCUCAUCAGCAAAGCCGUCAUCAACACGGCGCUGAAGUACGUUUGGCAGGCCGACCCCAACAGAGACGAGCCAUGGUACAACGAGAAGACUGAGAGCGAGAGGCAAAGACACGUUCUGAUCAGGGUGUUCACGGACUUCUUAGCCUUCAUGGUGCUGUUCAACUACAUCAUCCCCGUCUCCAUGUACGUCACCGUGGAGAUGCAGAAGUUCCUGGGCUCCUAUUUCAUCAUGUGGGACGAUGAGAUGUUUGACAAGGAGCUGGGCGAGCGAGCCGUGGUCAACACGUCGGACCUGAACGAGGAGCUGGGUCAGGUGGAGUACGUCUUCACGGACAAGACGGGGACUCUGACCGAGAACAACAUGGAGUUCAUAGAGUGCUGUGUGGACGGAAACGUUUACGUACCUCAUAUCAUCUGUAAUGGACAGGUGAUGCCUGGCGCUGCUGGUAUCGAUAUGAUCGACACAUCGCCAGGGCCUGAAGCCAGGGAGCGUGAGGAGCUGUUUUUCCGUGCCUUGUGUUUGUGCCACACAGUGCAGGUGAAGGAGGAGGAGACGGUGGAUGGGAUCAAACAUGGCAUCCACCAGGGCAAGUCCUCCUCCUUCUACAUCUCCUCUUCGCCAGACGAGGUGGCGCUGGUGGAGGGCAUGAAGAGGCUGGGGUUCACCUAUCUGCGGCUGAAGGAAGGUCAGAUGGAGAUCUUAAACAGGGAAGAUGAGAUAGAGAGGUUUGAGCUGCUAGAAGUUUUGACUUUUGACUCCGUGAGACGGAGGAUGAGCGUCAUCGUCAGGUCCAGCACGGGUGAGCUGUACCUGUUCUGCAAAGGAGCCGAUUCCUCCAUCUUCCCGAGAGUCGUCUCAGGAAAGGUGGAGCAGAUCAAAGCACGGGUGGAGCGAAACGCAGUGGAAGGCCUGAGGACUCUCUGCGUUGCUUAUCGGCGGUUGAGUCCGGAGCAGUACGAGCAGGUUUGCCACCUCCUGACCAGGGCCAAGUUGGAAUUUCAGGACCAGGACAAGCUGGUGGCCGAGGCAUAUGACCUCAUCGAGAGAGAUCUCAUCCUGCUGGGAGCCACCGCUGUAGAGGACAGGCUCCAGGAGAAAGCUGCAGAUACCAUAGAGUCUCUCCACAAGGCGGGCAUGAAGGUGUGGGUGCUGACCGGAGACAAGAUGGAGACUGCGGCUGCUACAUGCUACGCUAGCAAGUUAUUUCGUCGCAGCACCCAGAUCCUGGAGCUCACCACCAAGCGGACGGAGGAGCAGAGCCUGCAUGACGUCCUGUUUGAGCUGAGCAGGACGGUGCUCCGGCAUUACGGAAGCAUGACGCGCGAUGCCUCCUCUGGUUUAUCCAGCGAGUACAUCGACUACGGCCUGAUAAUUGAUGGCGCCACUCUCUCCGCUGUGAUGAGGCCCAGCCAGGAAGACUCCAACUCAGGGAAUUACAAAGAGAUUUUCCUGGAAAUCUGCCGUAACUGCAGCGCAGUGCUCUGCUGUCGAAUGGCUCCUCUUCAGAAAGCACAGAUCGUCAAGAUGAUCAAAUCGUCCAAAGAGCACCCAAUCACCCUCGCCGUUGGAGAUGGGGCAAAUGAUGUUAGCAUGAUCCUGGAGGCCCAUGUUGGCAUCGGCAUUAUGGGUAAAGAGGGUCGCCAGGCAGUAAGAAACAGUGACUACGCUAUCCCAAAGUUUAAACACCUCAAAAAGAUGCUGCUUGUUCAUGGACACUACUACUACAUACGCAUCUCUGAACUUGUGCAGUACUUCUUCUACAAGAAUGUUUGUUUCAUCUUUCCCCAGUUCCUCUACCAGUUCUUCUGCGGCUUCUCCCAGCAGCCGCUGUACGACACAGCUUACUUGACUCUCUACAACAUUAGCUUCACGUCGCUGCCCAUCCUCCUCUACAGCCUCAUGGAGCAGCACAUCAACAUAGACAUCCUGAAGAAGGAGCCAACGCUUUACAGAGAUAUAGCCAAGAACUCAUUACUAACGUGGCCCAUCUUCAUAUACUGGACCGUCCUGGGUGUGUAUGACGCCAUUGUGAUGUUCUUUGGUGUUUACUUCCUGUUUAACAACACCACCUUCACCAGCAAUGGACAGCUAAUGACAACCAACACACAGAUGAUGUUUGGAAACUGGACGUUUGGUACUCUGGUCUUCACUGUGCUCGUUUUCACUGUUACAUUCAAGUUGGUUCUCGAUACUCAUUACUGGACGUGGAUCAACCAUUUUGUCAUCUGGGGCUCGCUUGUCUUCUUUGUAGUCUUCUCUCUGCUGUGGGGAGGAAUUAUUUGGCCUUUCCUGAACUACCAGCGGAUGUACUAUGUGUUCAUGCAGAUGCUGUCCAGUGGUCCGGCCUGGCUCAGCAUCAUCCUGCUGAUCACGGCCAGUUUGCUGCCAGACGUGGUGAAGAAGGUGUUCUGGAGGGCGCUGUGGCCAACCAACACUGAACGCAUACAGAGCGCUGAUAAGCUCUACAAGGGCCAGCUGUCAGAGUUCACGCCCCUGGCGGCUCUCCACCCUCCACCCAGGACCGGCGACCACCAGCGAGGCUCUGGAACCCAAAGGAACCCUCGAAGGUCUGAGACCCCAAACAAGAAAAUCAUGUUCACACGCUGGCAAAGAGCGCCAGACUACCGCACCUUCACCCCCUUGCUCAGAUUUACUGACGGCUCCCGACACCCGAGGCCGGGGAACGCCUACAACGGGGCGGGGCCGGAGACCUCAGUCUAAUUUAUUUUGUUUUUUUGGGAUGUUUUGUUUUAUACUUUAUCAAAUAAAAAGGAGCUGAACUGAACAAAAAAGGGUUUGGCUUUAACCUCCCAGAGCCUCUGAGCUGGAGUCGGACAUGUUGCCUCGUUGAGGCUCAGUGGAUUUAACCCGCAACCCUCAAAACAAAGAGACUCGAGAACUGUGAUUUCACUCUAAAAUAUGUGCACUGGCCCUUUAAUAGUAUCUGCCUUCAGUGGCAGCUAAAGUGUACUUCAUCUGUUAUUUCUUUGAACUGUUUUUAAGUAUUGACUGGGAUUAUUAUUAUUAUUAUUAUUCUAAUAAUGACUCAUCUCAUUCUGUCGUCUUCAGCUGCUUCAUCUCUUCCUCUCUCCUUUCUGCCCCGACCUGCCUCUCUCUAGGAAUAACUGCUGUUGGCUGUGUGCAAACAUGUUGUCCAGAAACUCUCCGUAGGGCUCUGCGCGCAGAUCCUACUGCAUUGUAAGGAGACAUGUAGCAGAGAAGGAAAGCCUGAAAGCCCGGAGAAUCAGUUGGUUCUUGUUUGGAAAAAUCUCUGACGCACAAACAAAAGAAAACAAAAACCGACUUUGACUCCACUUUCAAGCUUUCCUGCUACCUGUAGGUAGUGUUGUCUGGUGUCUGGGAUAGAUGUAGGCGUCGUAAAGCUAGAAGGUUUUAUGUUCAGAUCUUCAGGAGUAUAAACGCUCCUUAUUUAGCUGUUAGAGAUUAGAGGUGCACCAAUCCAAUUCAGAUUUCUGGUUUUUAUUGAGACCUGACCUGCAGAUUCCAAAGUUUUCAUUUUAAAUCAAAUUAUUACAAGAUUAUGCCCAUUUUUAUGGAUCAAAGUACAUCUCUUUGGCCUUUUUAUUAUUUAUUUAAACUAAAAAAGAAGUGAAUUGAGGUACAAGAUUUUGCUUCAUUUGUUUAUAGUGAACAGUAGCUGAUUCAGAAUGAUUGUUGCAUCUCUAGUAGAAAUGGUUCAGUGUUGCCUUAUUUGUUUGCUUAUCAAAGCAUCUAAAAAUAAUUCCCAAAUCAUCUUCUAAUGACAAAGAAACUCAAAGUGCCCCAAAGUCUUAAUGCCUUCACUAAAGACUGCCUUCUGAGGUAGGUACCUCAUCAGAUCGCCAAAAAAAGUUUGAUUACAGCUUCAGUAGUAAUAAAACAAACCUAAUGUCAAUUUCAUAAUGCCUUGAUGGUUUAAAUUUUUUUUAUCUAUUUAAGGCACCAAAAGAUCAUUCAAAAUAAUGGAAAUUUAUCAUUCACGCCAUAUGAAAACUUUGACCAUGACUAAAAACUCCAAAGUAUCACUGCAUUUACAACAAGAAAAUGUAAAACAAAAUGAUGAUCUAAAUACAUUUAUUUAAAAAUAAAAUUCAAUAAUUAUUCCUACUGCUGCUUAUUAUGGUUAAAAUUGUGAUUAUAUUGACUGACACAUAGACUCAACCAAAACAUGUUAGGAACCUUUUAAUUUUAGUAGUUUUCAGUUGCUUGUUGCACAAAAGAAACACUUUUUUAUUAGGUUUAAGUUGGAGUACCUUUGGGAGUGCAAGUUGAUUUUUAGAUGGCUGAUUAUUCUAGCUUUCUUCUCGGGUAGCUAGCCUGCAGUCUGCUGCUGAACAGACAUGUUGCUGCCAGCUUGUCAGAUCAGCAAAAUUCCCUUCAUAGAGGAUCUUUGUAGCAGAGUGCUCGCUACAUCGCCUCACACCCAUCUGAGUUAUUAACUCGGUCAAAGUCAUUUUUGGUCAAGAAAACGGCCGUCUAGAUGGUGCCAUUACAGAUGUGAGGUCAUAUUCCAUAUUUGGACAUGCUUCCUGUUCUCAAAAGGCUAUUUCUUUUGUCAGAAUUGUGCAUUUUAAAAUUACUUUUCUGCUUUGGAAACUAAUAAAAUGACUGAUUAGCAUUUUAAAAAAAAUGAUUUUUAGGUGUUUUUGCUCUAAAUAGGAUUCGAGUUUAUUACUAAUUCCAGUAAAAAAGUGGCCACACAAACCUAAAAAAAACUUGAAUAAAUUUAAAAAUGAAACAAAUCCCCAACUCCCAAAUAGUGAGAUUAAAGUCUACUGUAGUUAAAUUCUUUUUUUUUUUUUUUUCAAAAGCCACAAAAUAAUGUUACAAUUCUCCUCUCUCUUUGUAGCUGUGUCUCUCUUUUUCUCUUCUUCUGUGCUGGUGAAACGCUGUGGAAGGUUUCCCACCUCUGCUACAGCCUCCUCCAUCUGUCUUAUCGUCGUCAUCAUCACCAUCCACUGUCCCCUCCUGCUCCUCCUUUGCCACAUUCCUCCGUUGAUUCAUCUCUCCAUCAAUCACGAGACAGAGCAGAGAUGCUGUUUUGAUGACUUGAUUAGGACCUCGAUGAACCAAAGCCUUGUUGCUGCUACAGUAGAGAUACUUUUAGCUGCUUUACGUUAGGUGCCUUGUGCUAGUUUAUGAAAUAAAUGAUUGUUUAAAUGCUUUACGGUGCAUUAAUACGUGUUGGUGGAGCAUUUGGAUGGUACAGAGGCUCUGCAAAGCAUGGCUGCAUAGAUGCAAACAUGGAUAAAUAAGUUUAAAAGCGAGUUUAAGUUGACUCAGUCGGUGACCAAAUUAGCUGCGACUUCCACCAAAACAUUAUGACUGCUUAGUAUCUGUUUCUGUAUUAUUUUGAUCCCUGUCUCUGAGGCGUUUGUAUUACUUUUAGUUCUGUAAAGGACAUUUUUGUGAAACAUUAUGUCUGCUGUCUUUGUUUUCUGCUUUAACUCUUAAAAUUAAAGCAAAUGCCUGAUUUUUA